UAAAAUCUCAUUAUAAAAGUAACCAGACAACCACGACAACCUCGGGUUCUUCCGUUCGCCCUUUCAAAGAAGAAACCGACGGUGUGCGAUUUCCUUUCGUUAUAUGCCGUAAGAAAUCGAUCAAAUCCGAGAUCGGAAUUUUGAUAAUUUUAACCAUAAUCAGUGGAUUCUUGUAAACAGCUAGAAAAUACUGGGCUCUUCCUGAUGGAGAAAGGAUCAGCUUCUAGCCUAUUUGUUAAUGAUGGUUCAUUCAUGGAGAGGUUCAAACAGCUCCAACAAGAGAAAGGUGCUGCACAAAAGGAAUCUAAACCAGGGCAGACUGUAUCAGAGACUUCAACUCCUAAGCCUAUCACUAGCAAAACCAGCCUUGAAUCUAAGGUUAAUGUUUCUCGCAAAUUCACUCCAAUUGCUUCAAGCGGGAAGCUUGCAUUCAGCUUGAAACAGAAGUCAAAGCUUGUGGCAGCCUCUGUGAAGUUAAGUGAGGACGAGGGUGAAGAAGAAAAUGAUGCUGGCUCAGACAGUGGGCCACAGAAAAGGCUAAAGUUGGGUCAACCUUAUCCCUCUGAUCAAUCUUCAGAACAAGUUGACGUUGCACCACCUUCCCCUACUGAUCCCACCGUGAAGAAAGUUGCAGACAAGUUGGCAAGUUUUGUGGCAAAAAAUGGAAGACAGUUUGAGCAUAUUACACGACAGAAGAAUCCUGGAGAUACUCCUUUUAAGUUUCUUUUUGAUGAAAGCUGUGCUGACUAUAAGUACUAUGAGCAUCAGCUUAGUGAAGAAAAAAAGGCUCUGUCACUGAACAAGGAUUCCCAAACAUCACAGAGUGGUGUUACUAGCACUGUAGCUCCUAGCUCAGCAAGUAUGUCUCAAAGGUCAUAUCAGGAGCAUUCAAAAUAUCAAGCUCCUAGUUCAGCAAGUGGUUCUCAAAGGUCACGUCAGCAGCAUUCAAGCUAUCAGACUCCUGCUUCAGCUUUAUAUGAAUCCGGCGAGGAUAUCAUGUCAGUUCAAACUGCAUCAUCAGCUGGUGAAUCUAGUGUCCCAGCUGAUGCAGAUCCCAUAGCAAGGAUGGAGUUUUACAUGAAGAAGGCUGCCCAAGAGGAGCGGAGGAGACAACCUAAACAUUCUAAAGACGAAAUGCCUCCACCUGCUUCCCUUCAAGGUACUGUUAAAAAAGGUCAUCACAUGGGUGAUUACAUCCCACCGGAUGAACUUGCAAAGUUCUUGGCUUCAUGUAACGAUGUUGCUGCUCAGAAAGCCGCUAAAGAAGUUGCAGAGAGGUCAAAAAUCCAGUCUGACAAUGUUGGGCACAAACUUUUGUCUAAAAUGGGCUGGAAAGAAGGUGAGGGUCUAGGGAGCUCCAGAAGGGGAAUUGCAGAUCCAAUUAAGGCAGGUGAUGUGAAACGGGACCACUUGGGGGUUGGGGCUCACCAGCCUGGAGAAGUGACUGCUGAAGAUGAUAUAUAUGAACAGUAUAAGAAACGCAUGAUGCUUGGUUAUAAAUACAGACCAAACCCCCUGAACAAUCCUCGGAAGGCAUACUACUGAGAGCUCAGUUAGUUAUAUGCAAAGCCAUGUGUUGGUUGGAGGUGCCUCGAGAAAUAACUUCAAGUCUACUACUUUUUAGUGGUGGUAUUUGGUAUUGAGUAAUGUGUCAGAGAUCAAAGUCGUCUACUAUAAUUCUGUUUCUGGAAUAUUAUGUUUACAUGGACUUUGCUUGUAAGAGAACUGGAUCUCUUCAGAUCAGGUUGUUCAUUUGACCAGACAAAGGCUUUAUUGGCCAUUCCAAUUUGUCCUGUAAUGCUGAAUUUAUGUGAGAAAUGAUUGGUGGAAUUUGUGGAUAUGGCCUAACAGGGAGAGUAUCCAAAUUGUAUCAAUAUGACCGAUCAACCUUCAUAACA